AUGCAAACUCACGGCCUUUGUUUUAUGCUUGAACAAAAAGUAAAUCCGAUCCCUUUACAAAAUGUUGUCAUUGAGGCCAACAUUGUUGAUAUGAUCGUUGAAAGGUUUGUACGACUUGCUAUAAUCCAGACUUAUAAGAUUGCUGAAAAGAAUGCUAUUGAAGCCUUUUAUAAGUUUCCUAUUAAUGAAGAUAUAACUGUUUGCGGAUUUGAAGCGGAAAUUAUGGACGAAGUAAAGGGCUUUGUCAGAGAGGAAAAUGAGGAUGUCGAUCAAUACACUGAAGAGGUUAGGGUAUUUUCAAAGCUGAUUUUUGUAUUUAUUUUUCCUACUAUUUCAAUUGGACAAACUGUGGUCAUAAGAAUUACAUACGUUGCAGAACUCAAGCAUGAUUCCGAGUCUGAAAAAAUUCGAUUCGUUCUUCCAAACCUUAUCGCGAUGAGAUAUGGAUCCAAUGAUGAGAAAAUUAUUAACGCCGAUGCUGUCUUUCAAAUCACUUUAGAUGAACAGAUUACUUAUUUAGAAGAAUACAAUCCUGAAACAGAAACGAAUUGUGUUAUGUUAACUUUGGUUCCGAAAUUCACGUUAAUACAACCGAAUCAGGAUCAACCUAUGAAGAGAGCUGCGCAAGCACUUGAAUUAUUAUUACGACCUCUUCCUGAGGAUUGUUACAUAAUAUCGUUUGGAUCUCGUUAUGACUCUCUUUGUCCAAAAAGUCAACUUUAUUCCGAAACGAAUUUGUCUAAAGCUCUUAAUCUUGCUCAAACGAUGACCUCAAAUUACGGUGGAACAGAAAUUUUCAGGGUAUUAAAUUGGGCAUUUGAAAAUUCAAGGAAUGAUAUGCCAACUUCUGUAUUUCUUAUUACAGACGAUGAAGUUCGGAAAGUUGAUCAAUAUACAAGAUAUGCUCAAUUUGUAACGAAUAAUGAGAGAAUGGAUAAACAGGCUAUCGAAAUGUUGAAAAACGCGGUAAAAUCACCGAUCAAAAUUACUUGGACUGACGCUAAUGUCUCGGAAUCAACAGAAAAGGAAGGGUCCGAAGCUCCACAUUUCAUUCCGCCUCUUCGUAAUGGUGACCGAUUUGUUGUUUAUUGCAUGUUGGAAAAAAGCAUUGAACCAUGUAAAGUUAUCACUUUAAAUGGCUCUAUGAAACUUGAUAUUUCUUUAGAACCUACUACUUUACAAGGUUCGAAGAUUCAUAAAUUAGCGGCAAGGAAACUUAUUAAAGAUCUCGAGAAUAGAGAAUCAUUUCUUCAUAGGCAUCCUAAAAAUGUUGCUUCAAAGCAUACUGGCUUUAUCGCAAUUGACAAUGAAGUUUUAUCUGGAGCUCAUAUGAUUUCACGAAAAAGAGAGGUUCCUCACUCAUUCGUAAAUUCAGAUGAGUGUAAAAUGUGCCAUGAAAAAGCUGUAAAUGCUUUGAAGAAAAUUGUGGGAGAAGAGAAAGAAAAAAUUAUCCUUGAGAAAGCCAAAGAAUGGAUUAAAUUUCGGUCAAAUGACAGUGUGGGAUGGGUGUGUCGUAUAACUAGGUUUAUGCCCGUGGCUAUCUGCGGCUUAUUUAUCAUUGGCCUUCUUCUCAGGCGAGGCGUUAAACAAGCAACAUUCAUUACAAGUUUGAAAAAUCCCGGAAGAGGCUAA